AUGUCAAGAUCUAUUGAAUUAACUAAAAUCAUCAAAUCAAGAUUUACGAGAUCUAAGGAACAGAACUCAAAAUCAUCAUCAAAUGUACAAUCAUCAUCUAAUAAUAUACAAAUAAAAGAAGAAAAUGAACUCAAGUCACAACAAGAUUUAAUCAAAACUUUCUCACAUCCAUUAUCAUCACAAGAAGAAUCAACAGGACAAAAAUCAUUUUUACAAAAACUAAUCUCAAUUUUUAGAAAAUAUAUAUCAUUUAUUGGACCAUCAUUAAUAAUAUCAGUAGCAUAUUUAGAUCCAGGUAAUUAUUCAACUGCAGUAUCAGCAGGAGCAAAUACAAAAUAUUCACUUUUAUUUAUAACAUUUUUAUCAAAUAUUAUAGCAAUUUUUUUACAAAGUCUUUGUAUUAAAUUGGGUAGUGUUACAGGAUAUGAUUUAGCAAGAUGUUGUAGAGAAUAUUUACCAAAAAAAUUAAACUUGGUAUUAUGGAUAUUAGCUGAAUUAGCUAUUAUUGCAACUGAUGUCGCAGAAGUUAUUGGUUCAGCUAUUGCUUUGAAUAUUUUGUUGAAAAUUCCAUUACCUGCUGGUGUAGUAAUAACUAUUGUUGAUGUAUUAUUUGUUAUGAUGACUUAUAGAGCAGAUACAUCAUCAUUAAAAUUUGUUAAAAUUUUUGAAUAUUUAGUUGGUAUAUUGGUGUUGAUUGUUGUUAUAUGUUUUGCUAUACAAUUAUCUGAAAUUCAUGCAAAUGCUAGAGAGGUGUUUUUAGGUUAUAUUCCAAGUAAAAAAAUGUUUCAAGGUAAUGGAAUGACUAUAGCAACAUCAAUUAUUGGAUCAACUGUCAUGAUUCAUUCAUUAUUUUUAGGAUCAGGAUUAGUUCAGCCAAGAUUAAGAGAAUUUGAUGUUAAAAAUGGAUAUGUUAAAUUGAAUGAAAUUUAUGAAAAUAACAGCACCAAGGAUAAAUCAAAUUAUGAAAAAGAAUCUGAUUAUUUUUAUAAUAAUUAUAAACCAAGUUUUAAAGCUAUUAAUUAUUCAUUAAAAUAUUCAAUUAUUGAAUUAAUUUUAACUUUAUUUACAUUAGCAUUAUUUGUAAAUUCUGCUAUUUUAAUUGUUGCAGGUUCAACAUUAUAUGGAACACCAGAAGCGAUUGAUGCAGAUUUAUAUACAAUUCAUGAUUUAUUAUCAAAACUGAUAGCACCAGCAAUGGGUACUAUAUUUAUGGUUGCUCUUUUAUUUAGUGGUCAAAGUGCUGGAAUAGUUUGUACAAUAGCAGGACAAAUUGUAUCAGAAGGUCAUAUUCAAUGGACUUUAAAACCAUGGUUAAGAAGAUUAAUCACAAGAUCUAUUUCAAUUAUACCUUGUUUAAUUAUUAGUUUAUGUAUUGGAAGAAAUGCAAUGGGUAUAGCUUUAAAUAUAUCUCAAGUUAUAAUUUCAAUUUUAUUACCUCCAUUAACUGCUCCAUUAAUUUAUUUUACAUGUUCAAAAAAAAUAAUGAAAGUUAAAAUUACAGAAGAAAUAGAUGGAGAAGAAGAAGAAGAUGAUGAUGCUAAUAAUUUCAAAAAUAUGGCUAAUAAUUGGAUAACUACAAUAAUUGCUAUAUUGAUUUGGUUAUUUGUCUCGGUUUUAAAUGUAUAUGCUAUAUAUCAAAUGGCAAGAGAUGGAGUAAAAGGUUAA